GUUGAUUUUAGACAGCGCAGGACAAUCACUUAUUUUACACCCAUUCAGAGCUUGUUUCUUCAUCUGACAUUGCAAGGCUGUUUUUCAUGAGGAUGGCUGGCAGAUACUUUCUCUGCAUCUCUUUUUUCUUUGCACUGAUUCAGUCUACUGUGGCUUCUGGAGAUUUGCGCAAAAACCAUUUCAGCCCCGUUGCGCACCACAAUUCCACCCCUGAAACUCCAGGAACCAUGAGCGAGGAAAAGCCGAUAGGAAUCUUUAGUAGGAGACGCUCUCUGUCCCCACAGAGACAGCACGUGCCGAAGCCCAGACCUGAGACAGGCAGUGCCAGUCCUGGCUCGGUGCGGCAGUGUGCCCGUCUGAUGGAGACAUGCUCGGCACACUCUCCAUGCUGCAAUCCCUGCGCUAUCUGCCAUUGCCGACUCUUCAACACAAUCUGCCAGUGCUGGAGGAUCGGCGUGUGCUCAAGAAAGAACUAAAUACCAAGUACUUAUUUGUGAAGCGUAAUGAAUGCUCUCACACCAUUACCACAUCAUAAAUGCAUUCUGCACGCUCAUCAGUCCAGACUGUUGUCGAGCAGACACAAUGACUCGCACUCACACAAACUUUGUGGGAAAAUUUCACCUGGGGAACAAAAACCAGAAAGUUUUUGUUGGGUGUCAUAUGAAUGAACUUGUACAUUAACCAUUCACGACAAGUGGGCAGUCUUGGACACACACACACACACACACACACACACACUGAAAAAGAAAUAAUAAAGCAUCCUUUUUAUUUUCCCAAAAUGCAAAUGGUAUAUGUAAUAGUAUAAAAGUUAUAUGUGUAGUAUCCUGGUCACAUAUUUGUAGGUGAACUCUGAGGUUCAUCUGCAAUGCUUUAAGGUAUGAGACAUAAAAUAUGAUAAUAUCAUGAUAAUAACACAAAUCUUUUAUCAUGGUUUAUAGUAUUCUGCAUGUGUACUUCAUGCUAUGUGUACCUUUACCUGUUGUAACUGGGCAGCUUUUUAACCAAAAAAAUGUUCCUCGGCAUGUGACGUCCUCAUGAUAGCAGCUCACUUGCUUCUGUUUUCAGUAUCAAAGGUGCAGCCAAGGCGUAAAAAAAAUCACUUUUAAGAAGCUGGCGCUCUAUCUAAAAAGAAUGUUAAGAAGGUUUUAUGAAGGCUUCUCUUCAGUGAUCGGUAACACAUAAGCAAGACGACUGAAAUAGGCUUUACCAGCACAUCUUGGUUUAUUGACGUAGGCAGUACAACACUUGUGAUGGAUUAAAAGUGCCUGGAAAGUAUUAGCUAAACAGAUAUUUUCUGGCAUUAUGCACUAGCUAGAAUGGUGGCUUUGUAUUCAUGGCACGGGUUCUAAUCUCUUGUCCUGAGGACCCCUUGUCCUGCACAGUUUUAAGUUUUCCCAUCAGAACUUAACAGCUAAUCAAAACCUUGCUGAUGAAACAUCUAUUCCAGGACACAUACAGUGGAUAUAAAAAGUCUACAGACGCCUGUUAAAAUGGCAUGUGUUUUUGGUGGAAAAAAAAUGAAUCCAAGAUAAAUCAUGUCAGAACCUUGUCAACCUUUAUUGUGAAAUUGGAACCUGUAAAUUAAAGUGAAAAACAAUUUAAAAAAAUUGAAAAUUAAGAAAAUGUACAAUAACCUGGCUGCAUAAGGUGCACACCCCUAAACUAAUACUGAGUUGAAGCACCUUUAGAUUUUAUCACGGCAUUUAAUCUUUUUGGGUAAGAGUCAAUCAGUUUGGCACAUCUUGACUUAGCAAUAUUUUGCCAUUCUUCCUUGCAAAAGCAUUCUAACUCUGAAAUUGCCUGGGCAUCUCCUGUAAACAGCUCUCUUCAGGUCACCCCACAGGUUUUCGAUUAGAUUUAAAUCUGGACUCUGGCUGGGCCAUUCCAAAACCUUGAUCUUGUUUUGGUGAAGCCAUUCCUAUGUUGAUUUGGAAAUGUGCUUCAGGUCGUUGUCAUGCUGAAAGGUGAAAUUCCUCUUCAUCUUAAAUGUUUUAGCGGAAGCCUUAAAGUUUUGGACCAAACUGACUUGUAUUUGGAGCUAUUCAUGAUUCCCUCCACCCGGAUUAAAGCCCCAGUUCCAGCUGCAGAAAAGCAGCACCAAAGCAUGAUGCUGCCACCCCCAUGCUUCACCGUGGGGAUGGCGUUCUUUUGGUGAUGUGCUGUGUUUUUUUGCACCAAAAAAUCUUAUGGCCAAAAAGUUCAUCUUUGGUCUCAUCAGACCAUAGCACUUUAUUCUACAUGGUCUUGGGAGAUUGGAUGUUUUUUUGUUUUUUUUUUUUUGUCAAAAAAGGCUUCCGUCUUGCUGUAGACCUCUUGGCAGCCUCGCUAUGCAGUUUUCUCAUUCAUUUUAGAGGGAUGUCCUAUUCUUAGUAAUGCUGACUAACUAACACUGUUGUGCCAUAUUUUCUCCACUUGUUGAUUAUUGUCUUUAAUUACUGAGUUCCAGGGUAUAUCUAAUAUCUUGAAAAAAAUUUUGUAACCCUCUCCUGUACUUUAUUGGGGGUUAAUUAGUCACUUUAAUUGAUGGCAUGUGUAUAUUAAUUAGUAUUUAACAGGAGUUUGAAUGUGAUUGGUUGAUUCUGAAGACUGCCACAUUCCCAGGUAUAAAAAGGUGUGCACACUUACAAGCUGGUUAUUGGAAGAUUUUUCUUUUUCUUUUUUUUCCCUAAAACAUUUCUGGUUGUUUGACGCUUGAUUUUUAUAUGUUGCAAUUUCACAAUAAAGGUGAAAAAGUUUCUGACAUGGUUUAACUUAGAUUCAUUUUUCUUUAAAUCACAAAAGCCUGCCAUUUUAACAGGAGUGUGUAGACUUUAAUGUCCAUUGUAGGUAGCCACAGCAGCUCUCUGCCAACCGGGUCUAUGGAAGGCACUAAGCAUGGUUUGCACAGUCUGCACUGCUAGAUAGGUGAAUAUCAGCCCUGCAAUACCUACCCAGUGUGCCACGUAGCACUUUGGGUCUCAGAAACUAGAAACCAGCACAGUCAAAUGGACAGGUCACAUUGAAUCCUCAAAUUGCCACAGCCAGGCUUGUCAGCUAGUCACUGUCAGGCUUGUGCAAGCUCUAAAUGGACACAGUUGUGCGUUCAGGUCCCUGGCAGAUCCCUACCCACUACUAAAGAUAUCCACAGGGCCCACUCAUUAAGGACGGGAGCUGCCGGUGGGAAACUUUACAGCCAUAACCCAUUACCCAUUGGGCAGUGAUUGCAUCAGAUCAGUGUAUACUGAUGACAAGGUUGCAGGUGCACAAAUUUGAAUUCUGCUUUCUGACCCCAACUCCUUUGGGGUCUAGGGUCUUGUCAAUUUCAGAUCACAUGAAGCUUGCCUCUCUGCUCCAAGAAGUUUGUUCUUGGACCCUCUUGGACAGAGGUGUGAUCUAAAGACUAGUCCCUGUGGUUCAGAACAAAGGGUUCCAGUCAAUGUGAUUCUCAGUUCAGAAGAAGGAUGUUGGUUCUAGAUUUGAGAGGGCUGAACUGGUUCCUAAGAGCCCUCUCACUAUCAGAUGUUACUCAUGGCAUCUGCCACAAGACUGGUUUCACGUCAUUCGAUCUGUGCAAUGCAUACUCUCAUGUUCGUAUUGCUCCUGAGGACACACAUUCCAAAUGAAAAUCCUACCAUUUGGCCCCUCUCUAGCACCUCGGGUGUUCUCCAGAUGCAUGCAGGCAGCCCUGUUACCUCUGAUGGCCAGAGGUAUAAUGAUACUGACUGAUUUGACUGGCUUUUAUGUGCUCCACCAAGAGACAGGCCAUCCAGGACAUAUCCACCCUCCAGGCACACAUUAACGGGCUUGGAUUAUUUGUCAUGUGCACAAAAUGUCAGUGAUAAUUGUACAUUGAAAUGCUUGUAGUGAGGCUUAGGUACUGUAUUGUACAGCUGUGCAAUACAAAAAUAUACACAUCAGAAGAUGAAAGGGGGGACAAGAGAAGAAAGAGGGGGAAAGAGAUUAUUUAUAAAGGAAAGAGGAGGAAAGAGAUUAUUUACAAAAGGCAAGAGGAGGAAAGAGAUUAUUUACAAUGGCCAAUGGACAGAAUUAUUUGGUAACCUUAGACAGAUUACUUAGGCCUGUGUGUUUGGCCCCUUGGAGUGAAAAACAGGUGGAGGACUGUGACCAAUCAGUCCAGGUGCAGACCAAGCAGUCCUGAAUGCAAGAGCCUUGUAUGGCGUGCAUUCCGUUAUCUAUAUCAUCUGGAUCUAGUGCACAAGUACUAGCCUUGCAACAGGCCCCUUUUGACAGUGGAGAACACCCAUUUACACUGAAGGUGUAUGUGAAGGCCAUUACAGCAUGUCACAGCGCCAACGACUGGGGGUUCAUAAACAUGUCACAAAAAAGUCAGUCACGCUCUCCCAAGACCCUCAAGUACUGGAGUCCUCCAAGACCCCCCAUUAUGAGUCCGUACAAGAUGCUGAACUAAAAUAGAUCUCUGUAAAGACUGCCUUUUUGCUAGUAAUCAAAGAAUGAGAGAACUAUAUGCCUUGACAGUAAGUCCACAUUCCUUGUGUUGUUGGGUGGAUGAUUCCCGAGUGACCUUGUGGUUGAACUCUUCUUGCAGUUACUGCCCGAAGUCAUACCACCCACUUUUGUUAAUCAGUCUACUGUAAAUGCAACAUUCCAUGACAGGGAACCUGCUGAGCAUUCCAUGCUCUGCACAGUAUGUGCCCAAUAGUAAAUUUAUUCAUCGUUUGUUCAUCCAAACACAGGGGGGAAAGGUAUCUUUCUGGAAGAGCUAAUAUUAUUGCUCUUUGUACUUAAAUGAUUAUCUUCAUUGUCUUAAGAUAGUCAAUAAUCCAGGUCAGUGAAGGUGUUUUGAUAAGUACAUAAAGCACUAGAAAAACAUUGGAAAAUGUUCAGGCUUGUUUUGCCAUCUUCAAGAAAGCCUUUCAUUCUGUUUAUGCUCUUCAUUAGUUAAUGGUUCUGACUUAAUAGCGCUAAAGUUGACAAAACUGCAUUUUGAAAUUACUAUAUAGUCUACAAUGAUAUGCCUAUAAAGGUUUGGACAUUUAAGACCACCAUCCUGGGGCAUUAUUGACAUUUUAAUGGUUUCUCCACCAUAUAAAAAGGAGCAUGGGAGGUUAUUUUACAUUCAUUGGACAAAUCUUUUUGCAAAUUUAGCGAUGCUAAGAUGUUUUAAUUUUGGACAUGUUCUUCCACAAUAUAUUUUAUAGUCUCCGAAGUCAUUAUUCAAUCAGUCUGUGUAAAAGUGUAUUUGGUUUAUUUAUUUGUCUGCAGAAUCUCAGCAGCAUAUAGCAUGAUCUUUGUUUUUCUUCUCACUUUAUUUAACUGGCUAAUCUUGUUUGGAAGUGGUUCAGAAGCAUCAGUGACAACGGGCAGUG